UUUGUUUUCUAAUUGUGUUGUGACUUGUUUUGUAUUUGAGUAUUUGUCAUUUGUUUAGGAUUAUUGUAUUUUGUGUGGAUAAUUUAUGAAGCUUUUCAAAUGGAGUCAUAUUAAAUAAUUUGGAUGAAAUCGGCUGUGUAGUCUACAGCAUGGCUAAUAACGCGCUGGUAGGAAAUCAGCAGCAACAGCAGGCCGGGUCAGUCACUAAGCCUGCAUCUUCUGGGAAGCAAGGCAAUGUAUUGCCUUUGUGGGGUAAUGAGAAAACUAUGAACUUGAAUCCGAUGAUUCUUACCAAUAUCCUGUCAUCUCCAUAUUUCAAGGUGCAGCUGUACGAGCUGAAGACUUACCAUGAAGUUGUGGAUGAGAUCUACUUUAAGGUUUCACACAUUGAACCCUGGGAAAAAGGAAGUAGAAAAACCGCAGGGCAGACUGGGAUGUGCGGAGGGGUGCGUGGUGUUGGAACUGGCGGCAUUGUAUCUACAGCUUUUUGCCUUCUGUAUAAAUUGUUCACUUUAAAACUGACUAGAAAGCAAGUGAUGGGACUUAUAACACACACAGAUUCUCCAUAUAUACGAGCUCUUGGAUUCAUGUAUAUUAGGUACACACAGCCUCCUACAGACUUAUGGGACUGGUUUGAACCCUACCUUGAUGAUGAGGAGGAAAUGGAUGUGAAAGCAGGAGGCGGCUGUGUAAUGACCAUUGGGGAGAUGCUUCGAUCUUUUCUUACCAAGCUUGAAUGGUUUUCUACAUUAUUUCCAAGAAUUCCUGUACCAGUACAGAAAAACAUUGAUACACUGCUUAAGAGUCGACCAAGAAGUGUAGCAAAAAAGGAUGGGCCUGAAGAAACAGACCGCCAUACAGAACGUAGACGUUCAAGGUCUCCAAGAAAGCCUGAAAGUCCUAGGAGAUCGCCAGUAAGGUCUAGAAGCAGAAGUCGUCAGCGGGAUUUGUAUUUGUCUUCAAGUUUUGACCGAGAGCUAGAAAGAGAAAGAGAGCGACAAAGGAUGGAGCGUGAAGUUAAAGACAGAAGUGAGAGAGACAAAGUUCAGUCGCAUAGUAGUGAUCGUGGAGCAGACCGUAGAAGAAGCAGAGAAAGACACAGAAGUCGCAGUAGAAGCAGAGACAGAAAAGGUGAUAGACGGGAAAGAGAGAAAGAGAGAGAGAAAGAAAAUGAUAAAAGCAAAAAGAGGGAAAGAGACUUGAAAGAAAAACUGAGCGAGCGUGACAGAGAAAGCGAGCGAUCUAGAGAGAAAAGAACCAAGGAAGAUGAGCGGAAACACAGGGAUGAAAGAGAAAAAGCUGAGAAGAAGAGAGAGGACAGAAAGGAUGCCAGGAAAGAUAAAAAACAUAGUAGAAGCCGAAGCAGAGAAAGGAAGCAUAGAAGUAGAAGUCACAGUAGGAAUCCAGGUAAGCGUAGCAGAAGCAGAAGUAAAGAAAAAUCUGAUAAGCAUAAAAGUGAAAAGGAUAAAACAAACAAACGAAGCCGAAGUGGUAGUAGAGGAAGAACAGAUGAAAAAGCUAAAAAAAGGGAGCACAGACGAAGCAGAGAACGAUCCCACAGACGUGACCAUAGUGAGAUUAAGGAUCAUAUAAGUAAGAAUAGUAACCGAAGUCAGAGCUUGGAACAAGAUAGCAGUGCUGAUGAGAGACUGAAACGAAGCAGAGAUGAGACUUUUUGAGUAUUUUCGUAAUGUGGAUCACAUUGAAUCCUAAUUAAUAUUUAAGUUUUGCUUGUAUAAACCAAAUUGUUAUGCUGUAGUUAGCAUAAUCCCUUCAAAUUCCAUGUAGGCUGCAGAUUUAAUUUCCUUUUAUGUAGGGAAGUGCCUUUGUAAUCCCAUCCUUCACUGAGAGUUGUAGCUAAGGCUUUUUAUUACUUCAUGAUGUAGAAUUUUUUUGUAUUGUUUGAAAUGUACAGUCUGUACAUAUGUUACAGAAGUGUUUUAAUUCUAAUGUUAUGAUCACCUUCUUGGUUGAAUUUGUACAAGGCAAUAAAAUGCCAUGAAUUC